GGAGUCUCCGGGGCCUGCGCCGGCGCUCUGCGGCGCCCCCCACUCGGACGCGGGCUUCGCGGGCGGGCGCGGGCGUGGGUGUUGUCGCUGAGCCGAGGCCGGGCGGCCGGAGUCCUCAGGCAUGAACCUCGAGUUGCUGGAGUCCUUUGGGCAGAAUUAUCCAGAGGAGGCUGAUGGGACUUUGGAUUGUAUCAGCAUGGCCCUGACUUGCACCUUUAACAGGUGGGGCACACUGCUUGCAGUUGGCUGUAAUGAUGGUCGAAUCGUCAUCUGGGAUUUCCUGACAAGAGGCAUUGCUAAAAUAAUUAGUGCACACAUUCAUCCAGUCUGUUCUUUAUGCUGGAGUCGAGAUGGUCAUAAGCUCGUGAGCGCUUCCACUGAUAACAUAGUGUCACAGUGGGAUGUCCUUUCAGGCGACUGCGACCAGAGGUUUCGAUUCCCUUCACCCAUCUUAAAAGUCCAGUAUCAUCCGCGAGAUCAGAACAAGGUUCUCGUGUGUCCCAUGAAAUCUGCUCCUGUCAUGUUGACCCUUUCAGAUUCCAAACAUGUCGUUCUGCCUGUAGACGAUGACUCCGAUUUGAACGUGGUUGCAUCUUUUGAUAGGCGAGGAGAAUAUAUCUAUACAGGAAAUGCGAAAGGCAAGAUUUUGGUCCUAAAAACCGAUUCUCAGGAUCUUGUUGCUUCCUUCAGAGUAACAACUGGAACAAGCAAUACCACAGCCAUUAAGUCAAUAGAGUUUGCCCGGAAGGGGAGUUGCUUUUUAAUUAACACAGCAGAUCGAAUAAUCAGAGUUUAUGACGGUAGAGAAAUCUUAACCUGUGGAAGAGAUGGAGAGCCUGAACCCAUGCAGAAAUUGCAGGACUUGGUGAAUAGGACCCCAUGGAAGAAAUGUUGUUUCUCUGGGGAUGGGGAGUACAUAGUGGCAGGGUCAGCCCGGCAGCAUGCCCUGUACAUCUGGGAGAAGAGCAUUGGCAACCUGGUGAAGAUUCUCCAUGGGACCAGAGGCGAGCUCCUCCUGGACGUAGCUUGGCAUCCUGUUCGACCCAUCAUAGCGUCCAUUUCUAGUGGAGUGGUAUCUAUCUGGGCACAAAAUCAAGUAGAAAACUGGAGUGCAUUUGCGCCAGACUUCAAAGAAUUGGAUGAAAAUGUAGAAUAUGAAGAAAGGGAAUCAGAGUUUGAUAUUGAAGAUGAAGAUAAGAGUGAGCCUGAACAGACAGGGGCUGAUGCUGCAGAGGACGAGGAAGUGGACGUCACCAGCGUGGACCCUAUCGCGGCCUUCUGCAGCAGUGAUGAAGAACUGGAAGAUUCAAAGGCUCUAUUAUAUUUACCCAUUGCCCCUGAGGUAGAAGACCCAGAAGAAAAUCCUUAUGGCCCCCCACCGGAUGCAGUCCAAACCUCCUUGAUGGACGAAGGGGCUAGUUCAGAGAAGAAGAGGCAGUCUUCAGCAGACGGGUCCCAGCCGCCCAAGAAGAAACCCAAAACAACCAAUAUUGAACUGCAAGGAGUACCAAAUGAUGAAGUCCAUCCACUACUGGGUGUGAAGGGGGAUGGCAAAUCCAAGAAGAAGCAAGCAGGCCGGCCUAAAGGAUCAAAAGGUAAAGAGAAAGAUUCUCCAUUUAAACCGAAACUCUACAAAGGGGACAGAGGUUUACCUCUGGAAGGAUCAGCGAAGGGUAAAGUGCAGGCGGAGCUCAGCCAGCCCUUGACAGCAGGAGGAGCCAUCUCAGAACUGCUAUGAAGACCCUUGAAGCCCUUCGUUCUUCCCUACUUUGCCAUCAUGUGGCCUCUGGACACUGUGGUCAGUCAUCUGAGAUUGACUUUAAUUUAAAACAAAGGCCUCUGUCUCCCACCCAGGAGGUGGAAGGAGUGAAUUUUAUGUUUGAAUGAAGAAGUGAAUUAUGGAAGAAGAGUAUAUGUCCCUUCCCUUUCAAGCAUAAGUCCAAAUAGACUCUCAGGAACGAGGAUUUGUGAAGACAUCAAACAGGAGUUUUGACUCUUUGCAUUUAAAUGCUCGUUGUGUUGCUGGAGGAGAUUGCUGGUCUGCUCGCCUGCCUCCCCUGUGCCCAGCACCGUUUCAGCUCCUCACUUCCUAUCUCCUGCUGGCCUUCACUCCUCAGUGCAUGUCCUUGAGGGACUUAUUUUUACCUGAAAUUUUGCUGCCUGUAUCCUAGAAAAAACUUUGGUUUGCACAUUCUUCCCUCCAUUUUUAAAGUUACCUACUCACCAGAUGCCUCCUAUGUUUCCAUAAUCUGUUACAAAGGAUGGGCAGAAAAGAAAGUGCUUGAAAGAGUUCAGAUUUUCUGAGAGAGAGAUAAGAAAGGCCCCCUCUUUUGAACAUUCUGUAACAUUUUGCUCAAGAAGCUGGGCUGUAAGAGGGUCAGGAUUUUUCUUGGUUGUCUUUUCAUUGCAUGUUUCUCUCCAGUAUUGGUUCAUUCAAUCAUGGUUUAUGAAGAUAGCUAGUUUCAUUUGUCUCCAGCAAAGAAUCAUUAGUAGUUUAUAUUGCUUUACGUGUAUUGGCUUCCAGAGACAGAAACAAACUGGGGUGUCUCUGAACAAGCUUAUUUUAUACUGGGGUGGGGAAGUCUAUGCAAGGACUAAAAUAAAACCGUCCAUAAUCAAGGCAGCAACAGCACAAUUCAAAUAAAAAAAAUCAAGGAA